GGUCCAUUUUCCAAUUUUGGGUUUUGCUUACAAUUUCGAAAUUUUUUGCUCUAUGAGCGCUAGUCUGUAAAAAAAAAAUCUAAAUUAAAUUAAAUGUGGCUUCUUUGAGACGUAAAUGGGGGGUUUGGCUCCUUUGCUUGGAGUUUUUAAUGAAGUAUAAAUUGAUGUGAUUUUUCAAGUGGGUGUGCUGAAAUUUCACUCAGCAUAACAACUGAUUUGUCUCUAUUUUUCUCUUAAAUCAAGGAUUUAUUUCUUCCCACUCUUUUACCAAAGAACUCUCUCUCUGUCUAUGCACAUAUCACAUCUGGCUGUAUCUUGUUUCUCUCCAAAACCGUCUAUAUGGCCUUACCUUUUCUUAUCUUGGUAUGGCUGUAUCUUUUGAUUGUGGAUAACUGACUAGCCCCCUCUAUUUGAGCUUGAAGUCUGUAGCUGUCUAGUAAAGGAGGUUUUUUCAUUGAUAGUUUAGUGUUGAAAUGAAUGUGACUCAGAGGAGGAAAGCUAAUGGUAAUGGGGAGAAACCUUUCCCAGGAUGCUUGGGAAGAAUGGUCAACCUCUUUGAUUUGAGCAAUGGGGUUGCUUCAAAUAGGAUGCUUACAGAUAGACCUCACCAUGAUGGCUCUUCACUCGGGAGGAGUCAAUCGGAUGUAGCUAGAAUGAGCUCACCUUUUGGAGAUAAGAUUGAGGAUAAACUGAUUGUGUCUGAGUUCAGGAGAACUUUAUCCAACAAGAAAGCAAAUGGGACGCCCAUAAAGAUGCUCAUAGACCAAGAAAUGUCAAAAGAAAUUGAGUCUAAAAGUGAACCCCCUAAUGUGGUUGCCAAGUUAAUGGGCCUUGAUGCAUUCCCAAGACAGCAUCCCCAUCCAUCUCUCCAAAGAAGCAAUACAAACAAUUAUUCAAAACCGCCUUUCAGUCAUUCAGGGAUGCCUUUGAGUUCUUGGCAACAAGAAGAUGGAUUCUCAGAAAAUAGAAUGCAAUUUGACGUUCAUCAUUGUCCGGAAAGGAAUGAAUAUAAGGAUGUUUACGAGGUCUGGCAACAGCCUGAGAACAAGACUUGUAUAAAAGACAAAUCACCACAAAAGGAAAGGCAUAAUGCAAAUACAAAUACAAAUGAUCGGAAUAUGGCCCUUGUUCGACAAAAGUUUGCGGAAGCAAAACGGUUGGCAACAGAUGAGAAGCUCCGGCAGUCUGAGGAAUUUAAAGAGGCAUUGGAAGUCUUAAAUUCCAAUAGAGAUUUAUUGAUCAAGAUUUUUAACGAAUCAACUCCUGCGUUUUCUCAGCAUCUAUAUGAAUUACAGUCUAUGCCUCCACCUCCCGAGACUAAGCGGAUAACUGUUCUUAGACCUUCAAAGAUAGUUGAUAAAGAAAAAAUUUCUGGAUCAAGGCCAAAGAGUGAUAAACCAACGGAUAAUUUUCCCCAGUUGGGUCAAACAGCUAUGUUGGACAAAAACAACCCUGAAAAUUCUCCCAUGUUUUCUGAUCAGAAAGUUGAUGAAUAUCCUAUGCAACCAACUCGAAUAGUGGUAUUAAAACCUAGCUCCGGCAAGACUCAUGACAUUAGGGCUGUGACUCAACCUAUUGCCUCAUCAAAAUUGUUUCACGAACAAAACAUCUACGAGGAUCCUGAAGAUGAUGAGGCGCGAGAAUCAAGGGAAGUGGCGAAAGAGAUCACACGGCAUGUGCGCGAUAAUCUUAUGGGUCAUCAUCGGGAUGAAACUCUGCUUUCUUCUGUUUUUUCCAACGGCUAUACUGGGGAUGAGAGUUCAUUCAACAAAUCAGAAAUUGAGUAUGUGGCAGAAAUUCUCAGCGAUCAAGAAGUCAUGUCACCAUCUUCUAGACAUUCAUGGGAUUACAUCAAUAGGAUAGGCAGCCCCUUUUCUUCCUCCUUCAGCCGUGCAUCUUGUUCUCCAGAGUCUUCUGUUUGCAGAGAAGCUAAAAAGAGACUUUCUGAGAGAUGGGCCAUGAUGGCAUCAACAUCAAAUGGGAACUCUCAGGAAUUCAGACAUGUCCGGAGAAGCUCAAGUACAUUAGGAGAAAUGCUUGCGCUUUCAGAUAUGAAGAAGUCAGUUAGACCUGACGAAAUAAACAAAGAACAAGAACCAAGAAAAUUAGUUUCAUGCUUGACUGGUGACUCGAUCAAAGAGGAUGAUUGUAAUUCUCCCAAAAGUCUUCUGAGAUCACAAUCUUUACCUGUGUCUUCUACAGUGUUUGGGGCUAGACUCAAUAUGUCAAUUUCAGAUGCUGUAGCUGACAGGACAGACGGUCCCAAGGAACUGACCAAAGCAAAGAGCACCAAGUCCUCAUUGAAAGGGAAAGUUUCAAGUUUGUUCUUUUCUAGAAGCAAAAAAUCUAGCAAAGAAAAAUCUGGUUCAUCUGGACCCAAUGGUGAAUCUCAAUAUGCUUCUGCUGAAACCCCAAGGUUUCUAUUGCCUCCGGGAAAGAUUGAUGCCGUAUCUCAGUCUAGUAAUGAGAUUGGUCUUGAAGAGCGUUUGCCUUCUGUUUCUUGUUUGUCAGGCAUAGUUUCACGAGAGGGAGGGUUGUCUCUGACAAAACCAACGGUGUCACGGGGUGUCGGUGAGAAUCAGGACCAGCCCAGUCCAAUCUCAGUUUUAGAACCCCAUUUUGAAGAGUAUGAGACCUCCGGCUACUUGAAGCUGGAUGUUCAAGGAGGACUACUAAGGUCUAACUUGAUCGACAAGUCACCACCUAUAGAAUCAAUCGCACGGACUUUAUCGUGGGAUGACUCUUGCGUGGAGACAGCCACCUCAUAUACAUUAAAACCCUCUUCAGUUCCCAUAGUUUGCGAAGAAGACGAGCAAGAAUGGCUUGCUUUCGUCCAAACUCUUCUCUCAGCUGCUGGACUCAGCAGAGAGACAGGGAGCGAUACCCAAGACUCGGUGCUCCAUCGAUGGCAAACACCAGAAGCUCCACUGGAUCCUUCUUUGAGGGACAAGUAUGCCAACGUAGAUGACAAAGAGCCUAUGCAUGAGGCCAAGCGCAGAUAUUUACGGUCAACCAGAAAGCUUGUAUUUGACUAUGUUAACACAGCCUUAGCAGAAGUCACUGGUUAUGGCCCCGACACGAGCCUAAGCAUCACAUGCAACGGGGCCCACGAUAGGUUACUGGAGGGUGAUUCUUCACCCCUAUUGGUGGACUGCUUGUGGGGUCAGAUGAAGGACUGGUUUUCGGGUGAGUUGAGGUGUUGUUGGGAGGACGGUGGGGACGCCGCCAGCCUGGUAGUGGACGGUGUGGUGAGGAAGGAGAUUGUGGGAAAAGGGUGGAACGAACUUACGAGAUUGGAAAUGGAUAAUAUAGGAAAGGAGAUAGAAGGGAGUUUGAUGGAAACGCUUAUGAAGGAAGCUGUUGUGGACUUGACAGGGAGGUUUUGAGAUAUUUGUCUCCAAUUUCCUUCUUUUUUUUUUUGUAUUAAUUUUAAUUGUAAGUUGUUGUAACUCAAUUAUCUCUGUGUAUUUGAUUUAAAACCAAAAAUGAUAGUCCUACUACCCACCCACCCACCAUCACCUUAUUUGUUUAUGUUGCAAAAAACAGAAAAAUGAAAAA